CUCUCUCUCUCUCUCUCUCUCUCCCCCUGAAACUUCUCUCCCACGCUACAUUUUUAUAUUCCCAACACAAAUCCAGUAUUCAAGCACAAAAUUCUCAUCGUCUCUUUUUGCCCUCAAAACGCUGAACCCCCUCCCUCUCUCCAUAAACCAAUCGAAGAAUUUCGGAGAUGCGGCAAAGUGACAUGAGCUCUUCGUAUUACCAAACCUACCAAUCCCAUUUCCAAAACCCUAAUCCUGCCUCUACAACCUCAACUGAUCCACAGCCCAAUAAUCCCUUAGCUACCACAUACGCCUCCGCUCCCCCAAUUUCCUCCAAUUACUCUUCCUCCGAUUACUCCAAUUUUUCCUCCGCAUACCCUCCGUACACCCAGAAUCCCGAUCAUGUCCUCACGUACCAUCCAAACCCUAAUCUUCAAUCAUCUUAUACCUCUAAUCAACAGCAACCUUACUCUUUCCCUCAUCUCAUUCCAGAAGAACCACCAUAUUACCAGUACGAUCAGAAUCAAUCGGAUUUGAACUAUGAGAAUUCGAACCGUAAUUAUAAUUCAGUUCCCAAUUCAUCGUUUUCGUCGGCUUCAUAUUCGCCUGCCUCGUACAGUGCUUCGAAUGUUCCCAGUGUCGAUAAUUUAUCCAUAAGUAAUACUACGAAUUAUGGUGGAUUUGGAUAUCAGGGCAUGUAUGAUGAUAGAGGGUUUGGUGAUGAUGUUGUUGGUGGCGGUGGUGGUGUUUAUAAGUACAGUGGAGGUAAGGUAGAGCCUUAUGGUGCUCGAGGCUUUCAGUCUGAGUCAUCGUCUGGGGCGAUCUUCGAUGAUUAUGGGAGGCCGAUAAAUUCUUCUAAGGGGAAGGAACAAAAUGGAUCAGGAAGUUUCGGUAAGAUUGUUAAAGCAAUUCCGAAGACUGAGGAGCAAGAGGAUGUGAAGAGUGGUGUGCAGAAAUUCCGUGUCAAGCUUUUAUCAGAAAGCGUAGGUCAGAGCGACUUGGAUGUGCUUUGCCAGGUUGGUCUGGAUGGGAUUCGCAUACUUGAUCCAGCAACUAGUCGGACACUGAAAAUAUACACAUUGGAGACUGUGACAAGAUGGGAGGUAUUGGACUCAUAUAUAUUUGCAUUUUGGGCUAAAAGCUCCAUGGAUUUUGAACCAAGACGUGUCAGGCUAAAAUCAAAUAGCUAUACCACAAACAACAUUCUGGACGCGGUGACAGCAGCAAGUAUUCAGUUCAAGGAGAUAGGUGGAAGCGGUAAACCUUCUGAUUCUCUUAAGGUCUCGGAGCCACCCUCUGAAAAGAAGAAAGGAUUUGCUGAUUGGAUGAACUUGAUGAAGCCUGGAGAUGAGGAGAAAGAUCACUGGGUUCCAGAUGAAGCAGUUACCAAGUGCAAUGCCUGUGGGACAGAUUUUGGAGCAUUUUGGCGAAAGCAUCAUUGUAGGAACUGUGGGGAUAUUUUCUGUGACAAGUGCACCCAAGGUAGAAUUGCUCUCACUGCAGAUGAGCAUGCUCAACCUGUCCGUGUAUGUGAUCGAUGCAUGGCAGAAGUUACCCAGAGGCUGACUAAUGCAAAGGAAACAGCUGGAAAAAUUGCUAGACUGCAGACUCACGAGGAUCUUGCAAAAAGACUUCAGGUGACUCUGUGCUUUUACCAUGCUUUUGGGUUUCAUGUUGCAUGUUUAGUAGUAGUUCCAUCUCCAAACACAUUUUUUUCUUAACAUGCAUGUAAUUCCAGGUGUGCUGCACUCUCAAUUUUAAGUUAAUGAGCUGCGAAAAUGUUGGUGUCAAAAGCAAAACACCUCUGUCUACCACUAAUAAGCUUUUCUUGUUGCUUCAUUGCCCAUAAUGUCUAGGUUUAGGAUAUAAUGGCCGAUAUAAAUUGUUGCUAGUAAAAGUUGAUUAUUGGAAGUUUGGAGAGGCAUUUAUUACUUUUAAUGUGCACCUAUAAAUUUCAAUUGGUUCAUAAAUUCACCAUUGCAUUAUUACGCGAUACAAAAAUAGCUAAUUAUAUUAGUUUGUUGUGAACCUAUUCUUGAGAAUAUACUAUGAUUGUUAAAGAUAAAGUCUUCCCUAAUGUAUUUUUAGAGCUGAAUGUAUGAAAUGAGGAUGAAUAUUUCCAAUCUCCCACUUGAUGGAAGUAAGCUAUUUCUGUUGCUGUACACUUGAUGGGUCAAAACAUUUGGGGUAUCCUUUGUUAAAUUAGUACCAUCUCUAUUCUUUUUCCUUUGUACAAUGUAUGUGGAGGUCUCUUGUUCUUAAUCUAUCUUACUGUUUUUAAUGCCCACUGAUUUGACAUGUGGUCAAUGAUUUGUAACAGGAAGUGAUGGACAAAAAUCGCAAGACAUCAACAGGUAUGCAGUCUGAUGGACCUGGAAUGCAGAUGAGGGAGGUUGAAUGUCCAACUUGCACAGUCCAUUUGCAGGUCCAGGUUCCAGCCUCUGGUUCUGAAACCAGACAGUGCAGUGUUUGCCAGCAUUCAUUCCUCGCAAGUGCUCAUUGAUUCUGCCCUGCCACAUCUUCCUAUUCCAGAUGGUGAACUGUUGUUUACUUCUUGAACACCGUAAAAAAGUCACUAUACCUCUUCACAAUGACUAUACAUAUCUUACUUACCAAAAAAAGAAGACUAUACAUAUCUUUACAGCCUGUUUUGUUCGAGUAUUAUAGAGCCUGUACAUGUAAUAUGAUUAUGUAUCUCGUUAACAAUCUACAUUCAUUUCUAUAUAUGUUUUUCUGGCUUGGAUGUUAAAAAUUAGAAUGUGAAAC